GGGCAGAAACAAUGGCUUUCUUUGUGAAAACUAUGAUAAGUAACCAGGUAAAGAAUUUAGGAUUUGGUGGCGGGUCUGAAGAAAAUAAAGAAGAGGGAGGGACCUCGGAUCCUGCUGCAGCUCAAGGGAUGACCAGGGAGGAAUAUGAGGAAUAUCAGAAGCAGAUGAUCGAGGAGAGGAUGGAAAGAGAUGCUGCAUUCACACAAAAAAAGGCAGAGAGGGCGUGCCUCAGAGUUCAUCUCCGAGAGAAGUACAGACUUCCAAAGAGCGAAAUGGAUGAGACCCAGAUCCAGGGGGCUGGAGAUGACGUGGGUGUGCCCGAAGAUCUCCGGAAAAUGGUAGAUGAAGACCAAGAGGAGGAAGAAGACAAGGAUUCUAUCCUCAGGCAGCUACAGAGUCUUCAGAACGUGGACCUGGACACCGUCAAAGAAAAAGCCCAGGCCACACUCUCGGGAAUCAGGCAGACGGCGGAGCAGAAGUGUGCUGUGAUGUGA